UUUAGAUCAAUAUACCGGCAUACAAGAGGGAAGGGGUCUAAGGCCGAGCUGCAGACGGUAACCCACAGUCUUUUACUUACACCACUAGGGAGGGCAGGGGACGUGCAACCGCGCACUCUCCUACAGGCGCCAGUCCUUCCCCGCUUUCUUCUUCCCUCCUGGUCGGUAUCCGCACUAUGUCUGACCAUCUGCUGCGGGAUGAGCAUCAAGAAAAUGUUCAGCCCCGAAAGCUUCUCGUCCCUGUGGGGGGUCGCACCGUUCUGGGGGUCCUACAGGAAAACCACCGGGGGCCAAAGGCGCUGAAAGUGAGCAAGCCGGCCCUCCAGCAGACUCAGGUUUUGUCCGUUAAUCACUUGGGCGUUAAUGAUGAGAAUUAUGGGAAGAUACCAGCAAGAAAAGCAGCCAGUAAACAGCCCGCUUUUACAAUCCAUGUCGAUGAGCCAGACUGUGCAACUAACAAAAGAAAGGCUGUUCAUAAGAAGACAGUGCAAGAUGAAAAUCUACAACAACUAAAUUCAGUUUUGGGUUCCAUAGGAACUAGAAAACCCUUACAUCCUAUCCAGAUUGCAAUGGAAACUAGCUUUGGUUCUCCUAUGGAUGUGUCGAUUGUGGAUGAAGAACAAAAAGUAGUCGGGUGUAAUAAUGUUGCUGAUUAUGCUAAAGAGAUUCACACGUACCUGAGGGAAAUGGAGGUGAAAUGUAAGCCAAAGGCUGGAUAUAUGCAAAAACAACCGGACAUAACUGGCAACAUGCGAGCUAUUCUUGUUGACUGGCUUGUUGAAGUUGGUGAGGAGUAUAAGCUGCAAAAUGAGACCCUGUACCUUGCUGUUAAUUAUAUCGAUAGGUUCCUUUCAUCUAUGUCUGUAUUGAGAGGAAAGCUCCAGCUGGUUGGAACCGCUGCAAUGCUUUUAGCAUCAAAAUUUGAAGAAAUCUAUCCUCCUGAAGUGGCAGAGUUUGUUUACAUUACCGAUGAUACAUACACAAAGAAACAGGUUCUCAAGAUGGAGCAUCUGGUGCUUAAAGUUCUCUCAUUUGACCUUGCUGCUCCAACUAUUUUACAAUACCUCAAUCAGUACUUCCAAAUACAUCCGGUUUCUCCCAAAGUGGAAAGCUUAAGCAUGUUCUUAGGGGAGCUCAGCUUGGUUGAUGCGGAUCCUUUCCUGCGGUAUCUGCCUUCUGUUGUUGCUGCUGCAGCAUUUGUCAUUGCUAACUGCACAAUUAAUGAGAGAACUUGGUCUGAUCCUCUGGUGGAGUACACCAGCUACACUCUUGAAACACUUAAACCCUGUAUUUUGGACCUAUACCAGACCUACCUCUCCGCAGCAAGUCACCAACAGCAAGCUGUGCGAGAGAAGUACAAAGCUCCUAAGAAUCAUGCUGUAUCCCUUAUCAUUCCUCCAGAAUCGAUGUCUACAUUUUUAUAAACUUGAAGAAUGGACUCUAAAAUGUAUAUUGAUAAAAGCACAUGAUGUACAGUUAAUUUUUUAUCAUAUAGGCUUUGGUUGUAUAUCUCAAACUUCAACAUGACGUUUGGAGCGACAGAAUUAUGAAGCAAAGUAAUUUUUUUUUAUUUUAAAAGGUUUUAAAUUUUGUAAAAAAUUUUUUAUGUAUGUUGAAUCUUAGAUAUAUUUGCUCUUUAAAAAGCUGUUGUGCACAGAUUGAAUUAACCAGGCAGUUAGCAUAUUGUUUUGUCUAUUGAUCAUUGUUUGACAAUAAAUGUUAACUAAACGGCA